CAAAACUCAAGAAAUGAAGAAAACAUUAGAAAAAGCCUACGAUUGGCUCAAAUCGCCCAAGCUAGAAUAGAUCUGUGAGCAGUUUUUGUUAGUAAACACAGUAGCGUGUUUGUAAGUGUCCAUUGUUAUAUUUGUGUAGCUUUUCGGUCUGUGAAGUGCAAACAUAAAAUUUAUUAAACGAGUCGGUAGGUCGCCGGUAAUACAUAUAUUCAAGAACUGUAUGUAUAAAUUCAAAUUUAUUCGAGACUCUGAUGCUCGAACCAACUUUAUAUUCCGGAUUUUGGUUGCUUGUAAUCACCAUGAGUAUCAUAGCAAGUUGGUUGAGAUACAAUAAGUUUCACACCCAAUUAAUCAAUAUAAAAUAUUCUCCGGUUAAUAAGUCUUUUAAAAAUUUGCCCACUCUAAAAUCGUACCCCGUAAUAGGCCACUCGUAUUUGUUUUUUCCUAGAGGUAAAUAUAAGUCCGAACGUUUGACUGAAGCUUUUGUCGACAUCAGUAAAACUCUGGGGCCAAUUUUUAAAUUAAAUUUGGGUGGGUCAGCAAUGGUUGUCACACUCGACCCAGACCAUACGAGAAUUCUGUUUCAAAAUGAAGGGACGAGGCCUGAAAGGCCCCCCUUUCCGGCUUUGCUCCACUUUAGGCGGAAAAGAUUCAGCAGUGUGGGAGUUGUGCCCGGGAAUGGGGAGGAGUGGUACAAGAUGAGAAAAGGAGUAACACCUUUAUUAAAACUGCAAUUGAUAGAACCGUACAAAAGGCAACAAGAAGACAUUGCUAAGACUUUUGUGGAAUAUGUAAAAACGCACAGAGACGAAAAUUUCGUUUUACGUGAUAUUUUUUCGCAUUUGUUGAAGUUUACAAUCGAGGCGAUCUCGAUUGUGUCUCCAGGACAUCGCUUCCACUGCCUUUUCAGCGAUAAUUUGGAGACCGAACAAAUCAUUAAAGCCAGUGUAGACUUUAUGGACGGUUUAUACGGCACAUUAAUCGAACCCCCGUUUUGGAAAUUAUGGAAAACACCAUCUUAUAAGAAACUUGAAUCGUCUCACAACACAAUCUACAAGAUUUUGGAGCGACAUUUGGAACAGAUCAAGUUUCAGUUCUCCGAAAACCCUGAAUCAGUGAAAGAGUCACAACCCUACAUGUACUCCCUUUUCAGCAACGACCAACUUUCAUGGGACGAUAAAAUUAUGCUAGCUAUGGAGAUUUUUCUAGGUGGUAUCGAUGCUACAGCUACAACUAUUUCCUUCACGUUGCACUACUUAUCCCAAAAUCCUGAAAUUCAAAAAAUGGCUCGCUCACAAAAUACUGAUUUUCUAAAAGCUUGUAUUAGAGAAACUCUGAGGCUGUCGCCCACAGCUGGUGGCAAUUCCAGAUUUUUAAGCAAUAAUACCGUCAUCGGGGGCUACUUGAUACCUAAAGGGACGCUGCUUUUAUCGCUUAACUCAGGGAUGGCACGUGAUGAAAGAUACUUUAAAGAUGCGCAAAAGUAUCGUCCUCAAAGAUUUGUUAGAGCAACGAGGGAAGAUUUUCAUCGCUAUGCCUCGUUGCCUUUUGGUCAUGGCCCCAGGAUGUGCCCAGGGAAGAGAGUCGCUGAAAAUGAGAUAGUAAUUUUAUUGACAGAGAUCCUGAAAAACUUUGCCUUAGAAUCGGCGGGAAGUUCGGACGUGGGCAUGGUUUUCCGGAUGAACCGGAUUCCGGAUAAGCCGAUAAGUGUAAGAUUUGUAGAUACAAAUCACUAAAUAUUUAUUAUUUCAUUGUACAACAAUACAUGUUUUCAAAAUUACACUAGUAUUAGUCCAUUUACAUUUCAUAUUUACAUUUUUAAAUGUAUAUUUUUGAUAUUGUUUAUAAUUUUGUACAAUAAAAAUCUGAUUAAAGCUUAUAUGGCUUUAAUGCCA